AGCCGCCGGGAGCGCAAGAGCCCCUAUGCUUCGAGCUCCGGCCUGGAGCUGUUUCCGCUUCCCUCCGCGCCGACCCCGCCCAGGCCCCGCCCUAUCCAAGUCCUGCCCCGCAGCUCCGGGGCGCGCGCGCGCGCGCGCGCGUGUGUGCGGGAGGGGGCGGGUGGGGAAGGAUCGCCAGCGAGAUCCCGAGGCGAGGCUCGCGCGCCCGCCCCCGCCCUGGCCCCCAGCUCCCACCCGGUCGGCCCGGCUCAGCCAUGAUCAAGGCGAUCCUCAUCUUUAACAACCACGGGAAGCCGCGGCUCUCCAAGUUCUACCAGCCCUACAGUGAAGAUACACAACAGCAAAUCAUCAGGGAGACAUUCCAUUUGGUAUCUAAGAGAGAUGAAAAUGUUUGUAAUUUCCUAGAAGGAGGAUUAUUAAUUGGAGGAUCUGACAACAAACUGAUUUAUAGACAUUAUGCAACAUUAUAUUUUGUCUUCUGUGUGGAUUCUUCAGAAAGUGAACUUGGCAUUUUAGAUCUAAUUCAAGUAUUUGUGGAAACAUUAGACAAGUGUUUUGAAAACGUCUGUGAACUGGAUUUAAUUUUCCAUGUAGACAAGGUUCACAAUAUUCUUGCGGAAAUGGUGAUGGGGGGAAUGGUAUUGGAGACCAACAUGAAUGAGAUUGUUACACAAAUUGAUGCACAAAAUAAACUGGAGAAAUCUGAGGCUGGCUUAGCGGGAGCUCCAGCCCGUGCUGUAUCAGCUGUAAAGAAUAUGAAUCUUCCUGAGAUCCCAAGAAAUAUUAACAUUGGUGACAUCAGUAUAAAAGUGCCAAACCUGCCCUCUUUUAAAUAAAAAAUUUAAAAGGCCACUCCCAGGUAAAAUCCGGGGGAAAUGUCAUCUAAGUUUACCAUGCAGUUGUUUACCAAAAAUAGAGGAGGAGAGUCUUAACUUUUGCUCUUGGAUUUAAGUCAAGGUACUGUAUAGAAGUUAUGUAAAAUCAGUAUGGAAGUUCAUUGUUGCUUUUCUUGCUCAGUGAUUUUGAAGAAAUUGAGUAGUUACAGUGUGAUUUUUUUCUUUAUUUUCUAAACUGCAUUCCUAUGGCCACCUAAGGCAUGCCUCUAUGUAUUGGCUACUACAGUAUUUUGAAAAGUGUUUGGGACAUUUCUUUAAAUUAUGUAUAACCCAAAAUGUUGGUGUUUUGUAUGGAUCACAAAUACAGCAUUCCUUAAUUCUCUCUGUUAUUUGUCAGAAUUGUUAUUUAAAGAGUGAAGUAUGUAUUGCAUGAAAACAUUAUGACCUUUUUCUCUUAGUUUAAAUAAACUCCAAGGUAACUGGACUUCUAAAGCACCGUUCUGUUUGCCUGGUAUCUACUUUAGCAAUAAUUUUUUUUACGACCCCCUGACUCAACGAAGUAAAUAAAAGUAUAUUUUAUCACUGUUAA